CUGCCGCUGCCGCUGCCGCCUGCGUACAAGCUUUCCGGCCACUCCUUCCCUCUAGACGACCAACAGUGUUCGACCAGAGACCUGUUUUUCUUGGUUUUUCCCUGCUGUUUCUAGGGAUUCGGCGAGAGGAACAAGAGCUCCGUCCGCCACUCGUUUCCUGUCUUUUGCUUACUCAAUUCCAGGUAUUAUUGUCUUUUUGGAUGGCUCCUAACAAGAAAUGGAUGAGUUUUUUCAACGAUCGUCUAAGCAAAGAAUAUAAAGACGGUGUUAAAUCUUUUUUGAAUUACGCUUUUCAAAAUACGGGUGGAGAAAAUACCAUACGAUGCCCGUGUGUCAAGUGCCAGAAUACUGGAUCGCUGACUCGCGAGAAAGUUGAAAUGCAUCUUAUUAUCCAUGGUAUUUUGCCAAGUUAUAGUUUCUGGUAUCACCAUGGUGAAAGGAGAGGGCAUCAAGACAAAAUUUAAUGUGCUUGAGCGAAAUGAUGAAGGUUUAUUCCAAGAAAGGAAUGCUGAAAUAUCUAUAUUCUCUCAAUCAGGAAGAGCACUAGGGGCUGGUAGUAGUCGUUCUCUUACAGAUGAUGAGUGGCUACAUGCUCAUAUUUACGUUUUAAAAAAUUGUGAUGAAGUGCAGCCAUUUCUCAAUGAGUACACUCAAGAUCAUGAUAACAAUGCCACAAAAAUGUCAAUUGACGAGUGGGAUACUUCUUUUAUCGCUUGGUUUAAGAACAAGGUUGCGGAUAUGCACACACAGGGCCAAGACGCACGCACUGAUAGUUUAAUAUCGUUAUCUCGUGGUCCUUUAAGAUACAGUACAUGCUAUAAUGGGUAUAUUGUGAAUGGAUUUAGGUUUCGAAUUGAAGACCGUGACCUUGGUUGCAAAACACAAAAUUCUGGGGUGAGCGUCUUAGGGGAUGUUGGAAGUGGAAGAGACUACAUUGAGUAUUAUGGAGUGUUGUUGGAGAUCCUUGAGUUACACUAUCUUGGUGGUAAAAGGGUAUCAUUAUUUCGAUGUCGAUGGUUUGAUGUGCAUAAUAGUGAGAAGGGGGCCAAGGUAGAUGAAUUUGGUUUCACUUCAAUUAACACUCAGCGUAUACUGAAAACAAGUGAGCAUUUUAUUUUAGCCAAUCAAGCAUCACAGGUAUUUUAUGUCGUUGACAACAAGAUUAAAGGAUGGCAUCUUGUUAUCAAGACACAUCCUCGUGAUCUUUAUAAGAUGUCACACCAAGAAGAGGUUGAGAACAUCAAUGAGGAUCAUUUAGGUGAAACAUAUCAGCAUGGCGAAUCAUUUAGUUUCAAAUGCCAGGAGGCACCUACAUUGAAUGUAGAUAAUCAAGGUGUUUGGGGAAGAAAUGAUGUGGAGCCAGUUAUUGUAGAACCUUCCACAAAAAGAAAACGAAAAAAAACUUGAUAAGUGUUUAGUUUGUGGGGUUCAUUGAUUUCAUGAUUUUGUUAGUUUGAGGCAUGCAUAAAUCCCCACAGGUAAA